GCUAAAAGAUGAGCGAUAUAACUAUCAAAUAUAAAGAUUUAACCAGGCAAGACCAGGCAGUGUCCCUGCGAUUGUCUGACAGAGCUACGGUCGGUGAGGUCAAAAAUGAAAUAGAAACCAUCACUGGCAUUCCCCGAGGACAACAGACAUUAUUUCACGGACAAAAAGUUCUAAGAGACGCGGACACACUGUGUGACUUGAGCAAUCCAGACAAUGCAACAUUAAAGCUGCUUCCGCGUGAAAGUAUUACAGUCAACGUCCAAAACAAACAAGGGCGGACUGCUUCCUUCCGGGUGAGAUUGUCUGACACUGUGUCUUCCGUGAAAAUGAGAAUACAGCAGGAAGCAAAUUUAUUUCUUGGAGACCGGCAUCUCUCGUAUGCAGGAAGGGAGAUGGCUGACGACCUCGCCCUGUCUGCUUAUGGACUCAAAAGCGGCUCAAUCCUGACGUUUGAUGAAGAAAAAACAGAAUGUUAUUCAGAAUUUGCCGACGGAGACCUAAGUGAGGACAGUGGUAUUUUAGAUUCAUCCCCAGUGGAAUCAGACAGACAAUACAGUGAGACAGAGCUGCAGUUACAAAAUUAUCUCCAACUAGUGCAAGACGAACUCCAGACUGUGACGGCGCGUGUGGCUCAACUUGAGGAAAACCUGUCGCAAGUUAAAAAAGUACAAGAAGGCGAGAAGGAGGAGAGACUUAAACUACAAAAAGAACUUGAGGAAUCGGAGAGUAUUAGAAAGCAAUUUAUGCAGUCGUUUAAAGUUCACCAGACAUUGGUGGACUGGGUAGAUAGUAAACUGAAGGGCAUUUCCGAAAUGUCCGAUAAGAAUUUGAAAGUUGAAAUUAAAUCAAUUCGCCAAGACUUCACAAAGAAAAUGUCCGAACUCGCCCAUACUGACAACGCCUUAGCGGAAUCUCUGGUAAGAAAUAAACUGGAGUCGCAAAAAGGAGAUGAAUUCGCGAGUUGCUUUCAUUUGAAGGAAUGCAAAGAUUUGAAAAUGCUGUGUAGCAGAAUUUUGCUUAAAGCUACAUAUACUACUGUCACGGACAAAGAAAACGAGAAAUUUAAUUCCCUGUUGGAGCACUAUAUCCAUCCUAUCUUCUUGAAAUACGUGAAACUUGUCAAUAAGUAUAUGCAACACGUUGUACAGAAUACCUUCGAAGCGACAGCUGAUCAAAGACGAGAUUGUUUUAAUUCUAAUGAUUUGAAAGUAUUGGUGACAUUACUUGAAAGUAAUUUUCUAAAGACAGCUGUUGGUAAUAAACUUGAUGCGCAUCUUGCUGUAUGUCGUUUGCGCAAUACACUGGAGAGAAAAUCAAAGCUUGGACGAAAAAAGGGAAAUGAUAAAACAACAGAAGAUUUAUGCAAACGUCUCGACGCUAUUUUGGCGUAUGUUUGUCCAUUGAAAGAGGAAGAGUACCACCAAUUUCAUCGAGAGAGAGGAACCGAAAACAUCCCUCCGUUUAAAAAAAUUAAUCCGACAAGGUCAUGCUAUGUCCAUGCCCUUCUACAUGAAGUCCUCGCGCGGCCUGAUGCUCUUCAUUUGGACGUGAGAGCCCCAAUGGAGCUGGAGGUAGACAUCUCUGGGGACGUUUGGGAGGGGACGGAAGAACACGAGAGAAUUUUCACUUGUGGAGAAUUCAAGGCGAGGAUCAAAGGAAAUGGAGCCAAGGCAAAAGAACAGACAACGAACUAUGUGAAGAUCGUAGCUUUUAUUUGUAAUUGUCUGGACCUUCGCCUGGUGAAAGCCAAGUGUAUGUUAUAUUAUUUGUUUGGGAGAGAGGCAGUUACUGAAAAGCCUGUUCACGAACAAUUAUUGUAUACUUUCGACCAGAAAAGUCGACAUAUUUGUUUUGUAGAUGAGAGAGAGAACCAUGAAGGUGGGGAUGCAGUUGAGAAGCACGCUAUUUGUGUGGUGUAUGAAAAAAUUAAAAUGUAAUAAUUUUGACCUGUGGCCUGUUGCUGGUUAUGCAUGAUUUCAAAAAAUUAUUACAUAUCAAUUAAUCGGUAUCAACUGAGAAAUGUUAGCUAUGCGUAUGCUCUUUUCAGAUAUUCACAGCUAGUUCUUAUUCUCAUCAAGCGCUUCUCAUUAUGACACGAAAUGGAUGUCUGUGAAAUAUGCUUUUGUCAUUCUCAUACCAUUUAAUAUCAUUUUUGUAAAUAAAAACUGAAAACAUCAUGUUAACAAGUUAUUUAGGUUUUUGUCAGAUUUUAUAUUUUACAUUAUUUGCCAAUUCAUGUUUUUGAGUCUUUCACUUAACGAAAAAUGAUCAUUUACUCAAUUGAUUUUCGUAAAAAAUAAAGGAUCAUUGACAUGAUUUUGAGACAAA